AUGAGGAGAGAAUACUUCAUCAGGAUAGAGGAGGUGCCUUGGAACUACGCCCCAAGUGGGAUGAACGUCAUACAGAACCGCACACUGCAGGAGGAUGAAGAAGCCUCAGUCUUCUUGAAGAGAGGCCCCCAGCGAAUCGGUGGCACCUACAAGAAGGCCAUUUAUAAGCAGUACACCGACGCCACCUACAGGACCGAAAUGACAAAGCCAAACUGGCUGGGCUACCUGGGACCCCUGAUCACAGCUGAAGAGGGAGACACAGUGGUCGUCCAACUGAGGAACAUAGCAUCCAGACCGUACAGCAUCCACCCCCAUGGACUCAACUACAGCAAGGGCCAUGAGGGAGCCCUGUACCCAGAUGGCACCCCUCCAGAGCAGAAGAGGGACGACUCCGUGGCUCCCAGUACAACAGUGAUAUACGAGUGGACCCUCCCAGAGUCGCACGGUCCAACACUAGAGGACAGCAACUGCAUGACCAGAUUCUACCACUCCCAUGUGAUCCCCGUAAAAGACAUUUACUCAGGACUGAUAGGACCCCUCCUCGUCUGUAAGCGAGGAACUCUGGACGUACAUGGAGACCGGGUGGCGGACUAUGUGUACGCUUUGCUGUUCAUGGUGUCAGAUGAAAACAUGAGCUGGUACCUGGAUGAAAACAUCAGGACGUACAUCACAAGUCCCGCCAGAGACCUGAAACAGGACGAAGAUUUCAUUGAGAGCAACAAGAUGCACAGUAUAAACGGGUUUCUGUAUGGUAACCUGCCUGGACUGAGCAUGUGCCAAGGCAACAAGAUCCACUGGCAUUUAUUCGGCUUAGGCAACGAGGUGGACAUUCAUUCAGUCCAUUUCCAUGGUCAGAUCUUGACCACUCAGAAACACCACACAGACACAAUCAGUCUUUUCCCCGCCACCAGCACUACGGCUGAAAUGGUAGCUGACAACCCCGGACACUGGCUGCUGACGUGCACCGUUAACGACCAUCUGAUGGCUGGAAUGCAGGCUAUAUUUGAGAUCAAGAAGUGUUUCCCCGAGGUCCAUAAAGCCCGUCCACAUGGUGAGCUCAGGCUGUACUUCAUUGCUGCAGAAGAAGAAGUCUGGGACUACGCUCCUACACUGCCGACUGAUGGUGAGGCAGACAAGUUUGUAACCAAAGGCCGGAGUCGUAUCGGAAGCCGCUACAAGAAGGCUCGCUAUGUGGAGUACACUGACAACACCUUCACAACAAAGCUACUACGCAGCCCAGAGGAACAACACCUCGGGAUUCUGGGUCCUGUGCUGCGAGCUGAAGAGAAAGACACUAUCAAGGUGGUGUUUAAGAACAAAGCCAGCCGGCCUUACAGUAUACAACCACAUGGUGUACAGUACAGCAUAGAACAGGAUGGGACGGUGUAUCACAAUGAACUGGAAGAGUCCUACACAGCGAAGAAGCUGCGGGAGCUAAAGAAGCAACCAAGGGUGGUGACCCCUCCUCCAGCUGCUCUGGUCAGACCUGGGACGGUGCACACCUAUGAGUGGACAGUGCCUCUGGGAGCUGGGCCAGUAGAAGGGGAGGCCGACUGUCUGACCCAUCUCUACUACUCUGGAGUCGACGCUGUCAAGGACACCAGCUCUGGACUGGUCGGACCCCUCCUCGUCUGUCGACCUGGCUCCCUGAAGAAAGGAGUACAGAAAAAUUACGAGAAAGAGUUCCACCUCCUGGCUACAGUGUUUGAUGAAAACUUGAGCUGGUAUCUGGAUGACAACAUUAAGACCUACACCACAGCUCCCACCACUGUUGACAAGGAGGACGAGGGCUUUAUGGAGAGCAACAAGAUGCACUCCAUCAAUGGGUUUGUGUAUAGGAGCCUCCCAGGCCUGACCAUGUGUAAGGGGGAUAAAGUAUCAUGGCACUUGUCAGGACUGGGUUCAGAGACGGACAUCAACAGCCUCUAUUUCGAGGGAAACCGCUUCCUCUACCGCCAGACCAGACGAGACAGCAUCAGCGUUUUCCCUCACAUCUCACACACAGUUACUAUGGAGCCAGACAGCAUGGGUCAGUUUGAAGUGGUGUCUCCUACAGUGAGCAAUUAUCAUGGCGGGAUGCGAGCCAACUACACAGUAGAGAAGUGCAGCAUAUUUCACCGUCAAGGUGAAACAAUGCUCCACUCUAAAACCUACUACAUCGCUGCCAUGGAGAUGGACUGGGACUACUCUCCAAACCGCACCUGGGAGGCCGAGAUGUUUCGCGGCCAGGAAAAUCCUGCUGGCGUCUUCCUAGACCAGCAGGGUGGAUUUAUAGGCUCCCGUUACAAGAAGGUGGUCUACCGUCAGUUCACCAGCGACAAAUUCACAAAGCAGGUGGAGAAACGACCCGAUAUGGAACACCUCGGCAUUAUGGGUCCAAUGAUCCAUGCAGAUGUCGGGGACAAAGUGAAGGUGGUUUUUAAGAACAUGGCAACCAGGGAUUAUUCUAUCCAUGCCCAUGGAGUAAAGACAGACACCCCUGACAUCCACCACACCAAACCAGGUGAGACUCACACCUACUACUGGUACGUUACAAAGAAGACAGGACCAACCACAGAGCAGGAGGAGUGCUCUGUGUCAGCAUACUACUCUACUGUGGAUGUUGCUAAGGAUCUGUACAGCGGUCUGGUUGGUCCAUUGGUGAUCUGUCGCCGAAGCUGGGGCAGGAGCCUUGGACUGAAGAAGGAAGUAGAAGAGUUUGCACUGCUUUUCCUGGUUUUUGAUGAGAAUGAGAGCUGGUAUUUGGAUGAAAACAUCAGGACCCAUAUCAGGAGCCCUCGCCCAGACUUGAAGGAUGAUGAAGCCUUUCAAGAAAGCAACAAGAUGCAUGCCAUUAAUGGUUAUGUGUAUAGUAACCUGAAGGGCUUGACCAUGGAGGCGGGUGAUAAGAUUUACUGGUACCUGAUGGGAAUGGGCACUGACGUGGACAUACACGGUGUGCACUGGCAUGGUCACACUGUGGAAUAUAAGCUGGAUGGAGGUCCUCAUAGUACUGAUGUGUUUGACCUUUUUCCAGCCACCUUCCAGACAGUAAAGAUGCGUCCUCAGUAUCCUGGUACCUGGCUGCUCCACUGUCACGUCACUGACCACGUUAAAGCAGGCAUGGAGGCUAUGUACACUGUUACCGAAAAAGCAAAGAAGAGGGGAAUCUUUGGUUGAACUGCUCAGGAAAAUAGACCAAAAUCCAGCAAUCGGAGACCAAUUAAACAUUCAUUUCAGACUGAAAUGCUGCAUCACUCUCUGAAAUCACCUUAACAUGAGCAGAAACAAUAAGCGCACAAAAUAAAACAGCAACAUUUUAUCAUUUUAUAUUAAAAUGUGCACUUUUACCAUUAUCUGACUUUGAUAUUUUCCAAAUGAAAGUGAAGAUGAUUGUAAAAAAAAAAAAAAAAGACAAAUUAAAGCCUCUAUGUUUGAUGUGACUUUUAUGUGUGGACCUUAAUAGCAGUAAUCAGACAGCAGAGGGCACAA